GUUAUCACCAACUUCUCGUCCGUUUCUUAUUAACAGCAAUUCACUCUUCAGUCCUCAAGUUUCAACUUUCUUGCGUUGGAGGUUUUAGAUUGAGAUGUCACCACUCGAUGCUCGCUCCUGUGCUUGCUUCCAACCGAAAUCGAUUUUGACUCGUAGAGUCUUGUUGAUUUCUCCGAUGCCGGAUGUGCGUAUCGUCUUGCUCCUAGUAUCGCCUUGUAUUGUGUGAGUCAUCCAUAAGUACGCUGCAGGAGUUGACUUUCUUCACGCAGCUUAUGCAGGGAGUGUAAUACACCGACGUUCACUAGCGCUCACUGCUACUAAGCAUCGUCGCAGGAAGCCCUGACAGGCUUACCAAUACUGCCGCGGAGACAGUCGCGUCCUGGACGUGGAACACUGGCUAACAGGGAGGCCACACCUCAAUUCACUGCGUAUCAUUUCUGUGUAGUCAGUGUCUCGUGGGGUUUUGUAUAAGUGACUCUCGAACUCGUCUGCCAGGUCCAUCCUCUCAUCAGUCCUCGCUCACUCUCUAUCAUGUCUCAGAAAGCUCUCCUCUUAACGGCAAAGCAAGGCGAAUGGGCCCUCGGCACCAGAGCUAUCCCGAAGCCUGGCCCUGGUCGCAUCCUCAUCAAAAUCGAGGCCGCCUCCCUGAACCCCAUCGACUGGAAAGUCAAGGCCUACGGCAUGUUGAUCGAGGACUAUCCCGCCGUCCUCGGCUACGGCCUUGCCGGCACUGUUGCUGAGCUCGGCAAAGGUGUCACUAACUUUGCUAUCGGAGACAGAGUUGCCACUUCUGGUAUCGUCGGCAACAGCGAGUACUGCAGCUUCCAGCAGUACGCACUCGGCGAUGCGCGCUUCACCGCCAAGCUUCCCUCAAACAUCUCCUUCGACGAGGCAUCCUCUUUGGGUGUGUCUCUCGACACCCCCGCACUGGGUCUCUUCGGGCCUCUGAACGCCAAGUUGACUUCACCCAUCGACAAGCCUGGCGCAUACAAGGGACAGACCAUGGUUAUCCUGGGUGGUUCUGCCACUAUUGCCCAAUUCGCCAUUCAGCUCUGUCGCCUCGCCGGCUACACCAACAUCAUCACGACCGCGUCGCCCGCGCACGAUGCCCUCCUCAAGUCCCUCGGCGCGACGCACGUCAUCGACCGCCGCCUCCCCACCACCGAGAUCAUCGCCUCAAUCAGGAGCAUCGAGAAAGGUGACAUCAAGGUCCUCUACGACGCCAUCUGCGACGAGAGCACCCAGGCCGUUGGCUGGGGCAUCCUCGCUCCCGGCGGCCAUGUGGCCGUCUCCAACUAUAACAUUAAGAACCCAGGUGGAGAGACCGACACGCGCACGGUCGAAUGCUCCUAUGGCUCGCCUCAUAUCCCACCGCACCACGAGUUCGGCGAGAAGCUCUGGGGUGCCGUGCAUGACUGGCUGGCGAACGGUACUAUUGUUGUACGUGUUGACGUGGUACCCGGAGGCCUCGAUGGCAUCGUUGCAGGCUUAGACCGCUUGAAGGCUGGGAAGGCCAGCGGUAUCAAGCUCGUCGUGCGCCCUCAGGACACCGCUUGA